CUCUGCCCUAUGGGGUUGCUAUGAAUAGGAACCGACUCUACAGCAAUGGUUUGUGUGUGUGUGCAAGAUGCCCUUUUUGUGUGUGUGUCCUUCCUCCCUGCUCCAAGAAAAAACAGAAUAAAACAAAAAGGCCUCAAGAACAAUAAUAGUGAAGAUGGGCUGCAGGAUGGGCGUGGGGAGGGAUUGGUGGCAUUUCGCUGGAGAAGAAGGAGGAAAUGGUUAAGUACCUGAUCGUGAGUACUUGCUUCUGAGUCAAGCAAAAAACUGAUAGCAUUUUUUCCAUCUGCUUGCAGGGCAGCAAGAAUCACUCCCUGACUGGUUUGUUAACAUAAUGGCAUGUAUAAACAGAGCCAACGAAAUAAUUAAAAAACUCAAAGCAAGCAAACAACAGCUCCUGCAGGAGAUAAACGAGAGGCGUGAAUCCAACUGCUUGGUGGAAAGAAGCAAUCGAGUCAGCUUACUGAGAGCUCAGAAGAGGCAUUUCAAUGGUGCCUGCAGAUUGCCCGAUCAAAGCAAGACCAAAGAUUCUGUUCCAGACACUGGCAGGAGCUCCUGGGUCAAACUGAGUCUCCUUGUUCACACGGAGAAGAGGCACUUUCCACCAAAAAGUAAGGUGUUAUGGUAGGAAUCCCACCCAAUCAAUUGUUUUGUUUUUGUUUGUUAACCGUCAAAUCGGUUCCAAAUCACACUGACCCUAUGCACAACAGAAGGAAAUACUGCCCGGUCUUGCACCAUCCUCACAAUUGUUAUGCUCGAGCGCAUUACUGC